GUUGCGCCAUUGGGAGUGUGCGGGCUAAUAGCUACGGGCAAAGACUGACACAGGGGAGACAAUAUGGGGGAGAUUGCGGAUCUAUUUAGGGGAAGCCCAGCUCGGCCCUGCCCUAGUGGGAGCGGGGGAAGUUUCUGCUCUGACCGCCUUUUUCAUGUUGUGCUUAUUGAAAGAAUGUAUGUGUAAAAAGGAAGAAGUCUGCGACUCUGCAAUCAGCGCCUGACUUCUCCCUUGAUUGUGUCAGGGUUGGCUUCUUGGCAUUGUACGUCUAUAAAUGGGAAAUUUUCAGUUUUGGAGCGCCAGGGAGCCAACCACUGUGGAGGAAUGUGAUUCAACCUGGGAAAGCGACUCGGAACCGGAGGAGCAGCAAGAGAUUGUCCAGAAAGCGAUUGCCACAGAUGAGGAAGCGAGAGGAGGCGGUAGCGUAGAGGAUCAGAAUAAGGAUAAGGUCAACACUUCAUUCAAACUAAAGAGAAGCUUCUUUGCUGCCAGAGACUUGUAUAUGUAUCGUCAUGGCUACCCAGCAAAAUCACGAGAGAACAGUAGUUAUGUCAAUCUCAAGUUUUACAUGAAGGAAAUACCGUUGAAACCAGAUGGUGUUUAUAUUGAUGAUAUCCUCACCAAGUGGAAAGGAGACUAUGACAAGCUUGAACACAACCACACCUAUAUUCAAUGGCUGUUCCCACUGCGAGAACCAGGAUUGAACUGGCAUGCUGAGGAACUGACCACCGAGGAAAUUAAGGAAUUUCUUAAAACUAAGACAGCAAAACACAACUAUCUCCAGGUUUAUGAAAUAAUGCUGGACUUCUAUGGAAUGAAAUUAGAAGAUAAAAACACAGGGACAGUGUCUCGUGCUGCAAACUGGAAGGAACGAUUUGAGCACCUAAAUGAAUCACAGCACAAUUAUCUGAGAAUCACCCGCAUUUUAAAAAGUUUAGGAGAAUUUAAAUUUGAGAGCUUCCAGAUCCACCUAGUCCACUUCCUGUUGUAUGAGGCUUUAGUCGAAGAAACUCUGUCCAACAUGUUGCACAGUGCUUUGGAAUACUUUGUUUACACAAUAAAAUCCAGGAAAGAGAGAAGGAAACUACUGCGAUUUGCCUGUCAACAUUAUAAGCCGCCAGAGAACUUUGUCUGGGGGCCUCUCAGGAAGGAGACACCAGGAGAAAAAAGUACCAUUACCAAGUUAUCGUUUCUAUCAGAGAAGUUGUCUGCUCAAGAGAAAAGCAGGUGUGAAGCUAUAAGCAAUGGGUCAAGAACCCAUGUUGCAUUUGCAGCUGUGAAAGAGUUGGCCUCAUCUACUGAAACCAGUCCAGGAACAGGCAUGCAUCAGAAAGAUCAAGUCAUAGAUCAAGGCAACAGCAAGGCAGAAAAUGUUGCAGGCAAGAAUAAAAUCUCUGUCAAAGAGAAGAGUAAUCAUCAUGUGACAAAGCCUAAAGUAUCGACAGAAUCCAACAUUGGCAAUCAAGCACCCCAGAGCCAUACAGUAGAGGAUACAGACUUAAAAGAGAAAUAGUUUAAAAAAUUCCACAAGGACAUUAUUUUUUAAUAUGUUUAUAGAACAAGGCACCAGUCCAGCCAACUCUGAAUAGCUGUUCAAAAGCUGGUCACAAGCUGGAACUCAUGAUGCAGCAUUUGUGAAAUGCCCUUUGCAUUUCUGUACUCUGCCAAUGGACAAGCUCAUGAUUGUAUUUUUUAUAUAUCUCUAAAAAUGUGUAAAACAGGCUGAAUGUUUAUGUAACUUGGGCAGUGUUGCAGUGAGGAUAAUGUGACAGUCUUCAAUUUUAUUGGUUGGUCUCUUCAGUUUUUGUAAAACUUCAUACACGAGGUAUAUUUGAGCUGAAGGCAAGAUGCAAAAUAUGGUUUAAUAAUGAAAAUAAUAGUUUAGAAACUGGAUCCAUUAGCACCCAAUUUUCAUGUGUAAAUCAACAGUGACUAACUGGGUUAGAUCACAUUAGCAAUCAUUUGAAAGUGAAGUUGUACCCAUUGGGAAAUUGGCCCAAGCACUUCUACGCACAAUUUACUUUAGCAUACCUGACAUUUUCCCAGCAUCAGUCAGGAAUUUAAUGUCACAGGUCUUUUAGUGCAUGGUUUCUGCACAUGCAGCAGAAAUGAGAGUUUUUGGAUGCAACCUUACAGCCUUUGAACACUUACAAAAGAACUAGGAGUAAGUCAAACUGCGAUAGACCACGCGAUGUUCAGGAUAAAAGUGGUUGUCCCUUCACUGUUUUCCGCCUCUAUACAAAUCACAACAGAGCAGCAAACUGUAACCUCCACCCUGACUAUCUCAUACCUUGGAGUGACAGUACUUGUGGCAUGGGUCUAAAUCAAUUCUUGAUUCCUCCCUGCAUUUUAUACAGUGUUCUGUUUCACACUAUAUAGCAAGUUCCUUUAAGUUUUGAUGCUCUUCCCAGUGGUUAGCAUGGCAGUGGUGCAACAUCUACAAGAUUUUCCAGAAGUUCCCAACUGGAACUUCGCAAGUUCCAUUUUAGUACUUGAUUCUGUGUGCAAACUGCAAAAGUGCCAAACUUCCAUUUGGGGGCAAGUGUUGUAUGGCACUUGUGUUUGAUGAAUGAGUGAAAUUCUAUUUCUAAUCAUAUGUCCUUUUGUGAAAAAUAUAGCAAUUAACCAUUUUUAAUGCUUAAUGUCAAUUAAUCUAGCUGAUAUUUAAUGGAUGGUAGGGAUUUUAAUAAAGUUCCAACUCUGCAUAUUAUUACUGGAGACUUCAUCAUGCCCCACUUCCAUUCACAUGACAUGGGCAACAGCAUUCUCUCCUCCCCCACCUCCCCUCAAUAUUUUUGUCAUUAAGAAGUGCUUAAAGCAAAUGGGGAAAAAAAACUUGAUCUGUAUUUUUUCUCUUUGGAUUUUGCCUGCCGGAAUGUCUAAAGUAUUAACCUUCAGUUUCGGAAAACCCAAGAACUAUGCCAAGCAUAAUGUGUAUUUGGUCCAAAGCAUCAUACCAAUGUAUAAAUUUUACUUCACAAUAAGGACUCCAUGGGUUACAUGCGAGAUGAACCAGUUGAUGAAAGGUGGUGAGGUAGCUUUCUUGGCUCUCAAGUUAGGGUUACAAAUUCUAUGGUUUGUUCUUUUGGAUGAUUCUCUGUUAUCUAUUCUGCAAGAGUCUCAAAGAAAGACAAGCUAGAAUCAGUUAUUUUUGUUUCAAAAUAUCAGUAAAUUGCACAUAAGACUGGUUUAGUCUUAUAUGGUUUAUAAUAAAUGGCAGGAAUUCAAGAGAGUCAGGGGGCAGAGGUGAGUUUAGUGGCCAUAACUAAGGAGAAGGUGCUGGGGAAGCCAAAAGACCUGAUGGUGGAUAAAUCACCUGGACCAAAUGGACUACACCCCAGAGUUCUGAAAGGUAGCUGAAGAGAUUGGAGGCGUUAGUAGUGAUCUUUCAAGAAUUUUAGAGGAGCAAGAGUGGGAAGCAGUUAACAGAAGUCUCAUCGAUUAUCUAAUUGGGCAGCAGCAGCCAAUGAAAAGAAGGUAAGCUCAAGCGGAGCAGCCAUUAUAGGAGUGGCUCAGUGUAAGAGUGGGACCUUGAGGCUUUGGCUCAAGAUGCUUCGGCAUGAAGAAGCAGAGGAAGUGAGCAGAGACUAAGGUGAGGUUCUGGUAAGGUCUCUUUUAUUGCACAGUUAGAGCAGUGGGGAUGGCAGUCAGGACAAUAGUAUGCUCCUCUUGCAAGAUGUGGGAAGUCAGGGACUCCUUCAGUGUCUCUGAUGACUACACCUGUGAGAAGUGCAUCCAGCUGCAGCUCCUUACAGACUGGGUGAACUCCAGAUCAUUCAGGAGGUUGAAGGGUACAUAGACAGGAGUUACAGGGAGGUGGUCACACCUAGGCUGCAGGUAGCUGGGUUACUGUCAGGAGAGGGAAAAGUGAUAGGCAAUCAGUGCCGAGUACCCCUGGGGCUGUUCCCCUCAACAACAUGUAUACAGCUUUGGAUACUGUUGGGGGAAAAUGACCUACCAGGGGAAAACCCCUGCAUCCAGGUCUCUGGCACUGAGUUUGGCUCUGUGACUCAGAAGGGAAAGGGGGAAUAGAGAAAUGUAGUAGUGAUAGAAGAUUCAUUGGUCAGGGAAACAGACAGGAGAUUCUGUGGACAUGAACGAGACUCCUGGAUGGUAUGUUGUCUCCCAGGUGGUUGUGUUAGAGGCAUCUUGAAUCAAGUCCACAGCAUUCUUAAGGUGGAGGGUGAGCAGCCAGAAGUCAUGGUUCACAUUGGUACCAAUGACAUAGGCAGGAAGGGUAAUGAGGUCCUGCAAAGUGAGUUCAGAGAGUUGGGUGUUAAGUUAAAAGACAGGACCUCCAGGGUAGUGACCUCAGGAUUGCUACCUGUGCCAUGUGCUAGUGAGGCAAGUAGGAAGAUAGUGCAGUUUAACACAUGGCUAAGGAGAUAGUGCAGGGGGAUCAUUGGGCUCUCUUCCAGGGUGGGUGGAACCUGUACAAAUGGGACAUUUGCCCCUGAACUGGAGGGGAAACCAAUAUCCUUGCCAGAAA